AUGUCAACAGAUACUGGUAUAUUACGUACGCCCGAUUCGGCAUUCAUCAACCUAUUAGAUUAUCCUUUUGAACCGAAUUAUAUUGAUUUAUCAAAUCCUGGCUGUAUUGGUAAUGGAAAAACAAAAUUACGUCUACAUUAUUUAGACGAAGGAAACAAGAAAAGUAGAGAAACAAUUUUAUUAUUACAUGGUGAACCAAGUUGGAGUUAUUUGUAUCGUCAUUUUAUACCAUUGUUAAAAGAAUAUCGAAUAAUUGCUAUGGACUUCAUCGGAUUUGGUAAAUCAGAUAAACCGAUGAAUAAAGUCGAUUAUACAUACCAAAGACAUGUUAACUGGAUCAAGGAAGCUAUUGAAUAUUUAAAUUUAAAUGAUAUUACACUAUUUUGCCAGGACUGGGGUAGUUUGAUUGGUUUACAAUUGGUUGGCACAAAUGGAAUAGAUAAUCGUUUUGCACGGGUGGUGGUUGGAAAUGGUGGAUUGCCCACAGGCGAUAUGAAAAUGUCUGACGCUUUCUUACGAUGGCAAAAAUUUGCAUCGAAACAAACGAAAAUGGAUGUUGGUUCAAUAAUAAAACGUUCAGUUAUAAGAGAAAUGAAACCAGAAGAAAUUGCCGCCUAUAAUGCUCCAUUUCCAAAUGAGAAAUAUCAGGCGGGUGCAUUGGUAUUUCCCGAAUUGGUACCAACAACACCUGAUAAUCCUUCGUCACAAUAUAAUCGUGAUGCAUGGAAAAAUUUGCGAAUAUUUGAUAGACCAUUUUUAACUUUAUUCUCUGAUUCGGAUGCGAUAACAGCCGGUGAGGAAAAAUUGUUACAAAUGUUGAUACCAGGUGCUAAGAAUCAAGUGCAUGCUAUAAUCUCUCAAGCUGGCCAUUUUUUACAGGAAGAUAAGCCAUAUGAAAUUGUUGAACAUCUUAUUAAAUUUAUUAACAAUAAUCCAUUGCCUCUCUACUCGAAACGAUAG